AUGCCUUUGGACACGAUAUAUCUGACCCGUCAUGGACACCGCCUCAGCUGGACCAUUGACUUCCGUACAGGCACAUACAGGGCCCAAUUCCCCACGCCGACAGGAAACCCAGCAGACCCUGCAUUGACCUCACACGGCGUGCGCCAGUCACACGAGCUGGCGGAACAUAUUUCUGCACCCCAAUUCCACCCGAAACCAUUCCGUAUCUACUCGAGUCCCUUCUACCGCUGCCUUCAAACAAUCCAGCCUUCUGUUGAAGAGCUGAAGAGAAUAUCAGCCGAGUCUGGAAGGAGCCAGCAAGAUGGCGAGAUUGGGUCAAUUGAUCGGCAUGCGGAGCUUGACGUACGAAUUGAGAAUGGGUUAGGAGAAUGGUUCGGCGCAACAGAUUUCUUCGACCACCCGUCCCACCCAACCUCCGAGAUAAUGUCCACCCACUUCCCAACCCUCAUUCCAGAAGCUAGUCAAACCUACAUACCACUACUCAUCCCUUCAAGACGUGGCGAGACAAUCAAACAGCUCCACAACCGCCUAGCAACAGCCCUAGAAGGUAUAAUCGCCGACAUCGACGCAGAAGUCUCCGCUGUGGAAGCAGAGCUGCCACCAAACCAAAGAACCAGCAAGGCCGUCCUGAUCUGCGCGCAUGCCGCGCCGCUCAUUGCCAUGGGCCGGGUUCUUACGGGUCGCAUGCCGGAUGAUAGCUCUGAAGAGGACUUUAAUGUCUUCACAGCUGGUUUAAGUACCUUUAAAAGGAGGGGGGCUUCUUCUACUGCUAGUGCUGGACACGGCGGUGAUAAGGAAGAAAGUUCGAGUGAGAAGCCGCUUGCCGAGGGCACGACGUUCAUUCGUGCGUCGGUAUCCCCGCCGCAGUGGAGAAAUGGGCGUGGUGUUGGUGGAGGAUGGGAUUGUGUUGCUAAUGGGGAUUGUAGCUUUUUGAGUAAUGGUGCUGAACGUGGAUGGCACUUUGAUGGCGAAGAAUCUUUUAAUACGGGUCCUAUGGCUCUGCCUUCCGAUCUACCUGUGAAUGUAGGUGCCACGAAACUGUGA